AUGUCUUCCACCCCAGAUUUCAAUGUUUCCUCAAAACAAGCUCAAGAUUACGAAUCUCAAUAUUCAGCUCACAACUAUCACCCAUUACCAGUAGUGUUCUACAAAGCAUCUGGCGCUCACGUUUGGGAUCCUGAAGGAAAAGAAUACUUGGACUUCCUUUCAGCUUACUCUGCCGUCAACCAGGGCCAUUGCCACCCCAAAAUCGUUGAAGCAUUGGUUGAUCAAGCAUCGAAAUUGACCUUGUGCUCAAGAGCAUUUUCAUCAGAUGUGUUUGGUGUAUAUGCCAAGUACAUUACUGAAUACUUCAACUACGAGAUGGUUUUACCCAUGAAUACUGGUGCUGAAGCGGUUGAGACUGGGUUAAAAUUGGCUAGGAGAUGGGGGUACGUGAAGAAGGGAAUUCCUGAAAAUGAAGCCAUUAUAUUAUCAGCCACAAAUAAUUUCCAUGGUAGAACAUUGGGGGUCAUUUCAAUGUCUACUGAUCCUGACGCUACAACCAAUUUCGGUCCUAGUUUGCCCAAUGUCGGACCACAAAUCCCUGGUGAACCAAAGGGUACAUUGUUGAGAUUUGGAGUCAUUGAAGAUGUUGAAAAGGCCUUUGCUAAUGCUGGUGACAAGAUUGCUGCUAUUUUGUUGGAACCUAUCCAAGGUGAGGCUGGUAUUGUUGUGCCACCAGCUGAUUAUUUGCCCCGUGUGCAAGAAUUGUGUAAAAAGCACAAUGUCUUGUUGAUUUGUGACGAAAUUCAAACUGGUGUCGCCAGAACCGGUAAGAUGUUGUGCUACGAACAUUCACAAGGUGUCAAGCCUGAUAUCAUUCUCUUGGGAAAAGCCAUUUCUGGUGGUGUUUUACCAGUAUCGGCAGUCUUAUCAUCGAAGGACAUUAUGUUGACUUUGGAACCGGGUUCCCAUGGAUCUACCUAUGGUGGUAACCCAUUGGCAUGCAGAGUGGCAAUUGCUGCUUUACAAGUUGUCAAGGAUGAAAAUUUGGUUGAAAGGUCACAAGAGUUGGGUGACUUGUUGAAACUGGAAUUGAUUAAACUUCAACAAGAAAGCAACGGAAUUAUAAGCGAGGUUAGAGGUAAAGGAUUGUUGUCAGCCAUUGUCAUUGAUGACUCUAAAACUAAUGGUAAAACCGCUUGGGAUUUGUGUUUGUUGAUGAAGGAUCAUGGUGUAUUGGCUAAACCAACUCACGAUAACAUCAUUAGAUUAGCUCCACCAUUGAUUAUUAGUGAAGAAGAUUUAUUGAAAGGAGUUGACUCAAUCAGAAAGUCAUUACAACAAUUGAGUAAAUAA